GUCAUUGCAAAGAAUAUGCCUAUACUGGACUUCAAGAUGGAUCCAUAGUCAUACUCGGUAGUUUUAGGAGAUAUUUGUGUUCAUGGUCCAUGGUCUUUUUCUAUCAGACAUGAGAAGAGAGAAUACUUCAGCAAGGCUUAUAUAUUCAUUUCAAUGUUUCCUUACAAUAAAAAUAUCAUCUCUAUGAAGACUCUGCAGUGAGAGAUCCUGGAACGGCCCCAGUCUAGCAUGUGUACACAGUUUCAGAGGGCGUCAAUAAUAGCGAGGCAUGUUCCUGUCAGAAUAUAUUGCUUGUUUACAAGUACAGCUGCUUUUGAAUUGAAUUAGUAUUGAUCUGUUACACGUUGGGGAUAAUCGUCUCUGGAAACUGUGAGCUCGUGCUGGAAAUGUCAAUCACGGAUAUGAUAACGGUGAACUUGUAGGUGUUUUCAUGUGAAGAAUGCAUGUAAUGUAAGGUGAUAUCGGAUUGUGAAAGUAUGUUGUUCGAGUAUGAAGAUGAUCUCCCACAGCCUCAAGAAGCUGUAGAGUCUAAGACCCACACAUUUAAGACUAGGAUAUUCAGGAAUCCCCAUAGCUGUGGUUUUUGUAAGGAGAUCAUAUGGAAUGAGGGUAGAAUAUGCAGAGUAUGUAGAUUUGCUUGCCACAAACGGUGUGAAUACAAGGUAAGUGCUACCAAUUUCCAUUCUGCCAGUUUCUUCUCCACUUAACUGAUGGCCAAAAAUGAUAUAUUAUUUGAAUUGAGCCAAGAGAGUCUAUAUGGAUAAAUACACAUUUUGAUGGGGAAAUUAAUUUCACAUUUGGCAUGAUUAGUGUGAGAGGUCAGAGCAAUGAAAUCGUGUUUCGGAGCCAGAACAGCAUUAAGUCAUAUGAUUUUGGACCAAGAUAAUGUCCUUCUUGCGCCAAGCAAAUGGAAUGAAUUAGACAUUCCAUUUAUUUCUCAUGGGAGACAUUCACUACAUUAGGAGUAAUCUGGCAACAACAUAUGGGUUAGGGGAAAAAGAAGGAAAUGUAAAAUUUAGAAAUACAGAGCGAGGUUUGAGAAAAAAAGUCAUGGGAUGUUUUAGAAAAUUGUGAGAGACACCCCCAAAAGGAGAAUAGCUAUACUGAGAAAUAACAAUUUUCAGUUGAUGCUGAGCCUGCAGAGUACAAACUUGUUGAUUUAUAGGUAACAAUACCACAUAAAUCGUUUAUUGAGCGCCAUUAUCAUUUCCUUGAAUAUAAGCCAUUCUUCCUCCCACUUGAUUUCCAUCUUCAAACAAUGUCACAAUUUCCUUCCAACAAGCGUGACCGCAAUCAUUUUAGCCUACACGAAGCAGAAACGGACAUUAGGGUUGACCGUAUAAUCCAUUCAUGUAUCAUCUUGGAAUAUUUAACAAAUAAAGUCGUAAUAUCCUGAAAUAUUCAACAAAUAAAAUCGUAAUUAAGGAUCAUAAAUUUGCAAUAUCCUGUUUCGAGUUUGGCAGUCGUGGAGUGAAAUAUUAUUGGAGAUAUUCAUUCAACCAGGUCAGGCAUGUUAUUAGCCAAUUUGAAGGGCAACUUGAGUCGGCAAUCAAUCUGUUCAUGCAAGAAAUCAUCAGGCUUCAGAAAAAACGUGCAAACUAUAAAAGGAAUGUGAAUGAGAAUGCAAAGUUAUCUUUUGUUUUGCAUUAUAGGUUAUUGAAUCAUAAUGCUGUUGGCUGGUAAAAGGGCAUUGCUGUG